CAACGGUAGCAGAACACCUCCUUUCAUACUAACGUGCCUACCACAACUUUGAUUUCUGAAAGAAGGUCAGGAAAUCAACAGCAACUUCUAGAAGUCACGCAAUUAUACUUUUAGUCGAAGGAGAACUAUCCCUCCGGAUAGGCGGCGAAUCGCAUGCUUCGUUACGAUUUGAAAGGACUUUCGACCAGUGGGCUGGAACAACAAAAUUGGAAUGAGGCGUACCUCGAUCCAACAUCUGUAAAAUAAUCUUCGACACUUUCUUGACAUAUUCGAACGGCGUCGCUUACAGUGUGAAUUUCGAUUUAUUCGAUAACAAAGAGACAGUGCGCCAUUACAUCUGAGGCAAACAGAAUGGUGGACAUACUCUACAAAAUUGAUCGACCAUCUGUCGUCCCUUUCAAUUAUGGCGACGAUACAUCUAGUUCGAACCAGAACGAGACAGACAGCAGCAGCAAUAUCGUCUACCAGAGUUCCACGACCAGCCUCGCAUCAUCGAGAGACUUGUCGUCGAGGUCCCGUGCGAAAACCAAACUAACCCCCCAGCGAGUGGAUAUGGCGGGCAACCUCGCAAUAUCAGACCGCAAGCUGGAUGACUUCCACAACCAAUUCCAAGCCGUUCUAAAGUCACAGGGUUACGAUGGAUUAUCACCGCACMGGGUGGAAGAAGAAUGGGCAUCGUCUUCCGACGAAGAAUCGUCUCUAGGUUUUGAUCACUAUCCCAGAGGGACAAACGAACACACUUCUAUUGACCGACCUUUAACAGCAAAUGCUGCAAAUAGUUCUUUUGCUUCCAAGGAAAACUCGCAGAAUCAGAAGAGCAACGAUGGCAAAAAUUCCUCACCGGAUAGUGAAACCGAAUCGGGCAAGCGAUCUCUUGGAAGCGACGUCGACAUUGAGGUCAAUUCUACAGACAACAGUGGUGUUGUUGGCAUUGGUGAUAAGAGUAUACUAGGCAACGACCUUCCCAGUGAGCAGGCAUUUUUGGAGUCGUCUCGCCGCCUAGCAGAAAUGAAGCGAAAACUGGACGAGAUGCGGGGUCUCAAGAACUCCAUCGGGGUGCUGACCGAAUCCUACUUGGAGAGAGGGGCUAAACGGGACGAACCGCAAACUGCAAAGAACCACAUCGAAUGGCAACCUGAACCGAGUGUUUCUUCCGCAUCAUCCGUGCCGCCCCCGACUCACAAAGCAGCAGAAGACUCGGUGCUUUCUUCGGACAGGGUCGGAGAACGUGCCGCAACCCCGGAACGGUCGGUCUCAAUGACGACGGCAGCCGCAGCAACGGCGCACGCAACAAGAACAGAAGUUUUUGAUGGCAGGGAGGUGGCCACGGGGGCACCUAGCGAAGAAGAUCAUACCGAUUUGAAGACAGAGGUAUCGAUCCUGCUGAACACAACCACAAGCACUAUCGGAGAAGAGAGCCACAUAGACCAGAAAACGACGGAACGACGUCCUUGUCGACUGGCGUUGAUCGUGCUCGCGGUAUUUGGAUUAGCCGGUGUAGGGAUUUACAUCGGCUACAUGUCCUACAUGAUUCAUAUGAACAAACAAUAACACGGGGACAACUCUUUUAACCAUAAUUUGUCGAUGGAGAGCAUCAAACGAACGGGAACGUUUCCCCCAAACCUGAUGAGACUGCAGCCAGGGUAUAGACGAUCGUGAUGGAAUAGGCUGGGACAUUCAAAAUAAGAAUAAGCGAUACUAAAGUCUUGUUUCCAACUUCCUCUGGUGGUGAGUCCUUCAAUUCCACGCUAGUUGGAACAUAAAAGUCGAUGAAGGUAACACAGCUGGAGUCCGUGAGUUCAAAAUUCUUUGCUCACUGGUAGUUCGAGUUCGAUUGAAUACUAGUACCGAAUUAUGGAUGUAAAUCGCGUCGUAUUUAUCUGUUGGGGGACAUUGACAAAGGGGUUCUACUCGGUUUUCAUUUUUACCAUCGUUAUAGUUUGUGUGUGGCAACUGCGAUGACCUACCGAACAUCACAUGACUAGUAGUCAGCAUUCGAUGCCAUUUGACUCGCUAUCGUGGAUCGUCCGAUCAUCCUUUAACGUACCGUGUGGGUACCUUUAAUAAAAUAUACAAUAAUAA